UGUGUUUGGGUGGCAGGUACCAUGCAUUUGCAACCUGUUGAUUACCGCGUUUCCCGUUAGCAGUGACGCGCUGGAGGGCGGGGCUUCUAAAGUGUGUCACUUCCUGUAACGAUACCGUGGAUGCUUUAACACUAUAGUGCUCUCUCUGAAAGCAUUAACAGUAAUGCAUUUAAAAAGUGGGACAAAUUAAAUGUGUGUUCUCAACUUUACGCAAUUUGACAACACAAUUUUUUUUUUAUUGAGCAAAAUUAUGAACACAACAUGCUGGUUUACUCUGUUUGCAAUUUAAAGUAAAUUUCUGUCAAUUAUAAUUGGGCUAUAGUUCUGACACUCAUGGACAGUUGUUUUUCCUUGAGUGACACUACAUUGAUAAGUGGAUGAAUAAGUGCAGCGUUAGAUGGAAUGUCUCUCUCACCCUGAUGUCGAUUUCUUCUCUAGGUAUUGAAAACCUUCCAUGUGAGCUGCAGAGAAACUUUACUUUGAUGCGGGACCUGGACAACAGGACUGAAGAGAAGAAAGGAGAGAUCGACAAACUGGCUGAGGAGUACGUUGUGAUGGUGAAGAACCUGGCCUCAGAGCAGAGAGUGGAACACCUGCAGAAGAUCCAAAACGCCUACAGCAAGUGCAAAGAGUUCAGCGACGACAAAGUUCAGCUCGCAAUGCAGACGUACGAAAUGGUGGACAAACAUAUCCGCAGACUGGAUGCAGAUCUGGCUCGGUUUGAGAACGAGCUGAAGGAGAAACUGGAAAUGAGCGGCUACGAAAGUACAGAAGGAAGAGCCGUGAAAAAGGCUGAAACCCGGGGGCUGAGAGAGAAGCGUGCAUCCAGAGGAAGAGCACGGAAGGGUUCUGAUGAGGAUUCUCCCAAAAAGAAAAAGAUAAAGAACAGCCCAGACUUGAGUGACGCUCUCCUGCCGAUGCAGCCGUCGGACGUUUUGGACAUGCCGGUCGACCCCAACGAGCCGACGUACUGCCUGUGCCAUCAGGUGUCGUAUGGAGAGAUGAUUGGAUGCGAUAACCCAGACUGUCCGAUUGAGUGGUUUCACUUUGCUUGUGUGGAUCUCGCCUCAAAACCCAAAGGAAAAUGGUUUUGUCCGAGGUGCACCCAAGACAAGAAGAAGAAAUGAGAUCUCUUGCUUGCAGAAAUACGUAAAGGGUAACUUUGGAUAUUUUUCAACUUGGAAACUCCUUCACACUGACUUCUUCACUUGCAUUCAGAGGUAUUAAGUGACAUUGUUUUGGUACAUAGACCUUCAUCAGGUUACUAAGUGACAUUGGUCCAGUACUGAAGGAGAACGCUGCAGACAGCCGCCGCUAAACAUGCAGCAAUAUAAUCAAUCGGGGCAACUCCUCACCAUCAGUGUACGUCCACUAAAAGGGCUUGUUGUUGUUGUUGCUGCUGACAGGCUCAGAUUGUUAUUCUUAGUGUCUUGAGGACAUUAUGGAAGGAACCUUUUACCUUUCUCUCGAUCCGGUCUGUUUGUUGUUGUGUCUAACGAAGCUCAAAGACAACAAUGGAAACGUGGCUGAGAGUUGGAGAGAGGAGAGCUGGUGUUGUCAGAGUUUGUCAGGUUAAAGUGUAGCUUUGUGUUUUCUAAAAUAUUUGCAAUUUCAUGGCUCAAUAUUUAAGGACUUCGCCUUAGUUAUGCACAAUAACAAACAGACACUUUAUAAUAACACUCUGAGCCCGUCAGUGGUAAAGACACGUUGCCUCUUUUAGUGGACGUACAUCGGCGGUGAGGAGUUGCCUUGAGCGAUUUCAUUGCACAUCGUUUUUGCAGCGUUCUCCAUCGAUACUGAACCAUUUCAAAAUAUCUUUUUCCGUUAGUCAGAGAAAAACAUGGAGGAGAAAGAUCUAAGUUGAAAAAUACUGAAGUUACCCUUUAACUAAUAGUGUAUGUAUUGCUGUUGUACUUAAUAGUGUAAUGUGUGUGUGUGUGUGUAU